CAGGGGAUCACAUCUACGCAACAGGUUACCCCUCUUUCCUUGUUUUUUUGUUUUUGUACCACAUUGAAACAAUGGAUGAUAGUCCACUGCAAGUUCUGACUCGACCCACAGCCCCUUACCCAGACCAGAGACCAGGUACUAGUGGUCUGAGGAAGAAGGUGUCUGUCUUCCAGUCCAAAAAGGACUACCUUCAGAACUUCGUCCAGAGUAUAUAUUCCUCCAUCGAUCUGCUGGACCGCCAGGGGUCCACAAUGGUAGUUGGGGGAGAUGGACGCUACUUCAAUCAAACAGCCAUCGAGGUCAUUGUUCAGAUGGCAGCUGCGAAUGGGGUUGGACGGCUCGUGAUUGGUCAUCAUGGGAUCAUGUCCACGCCAGCGGUUUCCUGUGUGAUCAGAAAGUACAAGGCCAUCGGCGGUAUCGUCCUCACAGCCAGUCACAACCCUGGGGGACGCGAAGGAGACUUUGGCAUCAAGUUCAACACCGCUAAUGGAGGUGCUGUAACUAGAGAAGAGGGAACAGGAGGAAAGGGCCCAGCCCAGGAUGCGGUCACCAACAGAAUCUUCCAGAUCAGCAGAACCAUAGAGGAGUAUGCCAUCUGCCCAGAGCUCCGGGUGGACUUGGCUACCCUGAGCAAACAGACGUUUGACCUGGAGAACAAGUUCAAACCCUUUACAGUGGAGAUAGUGGACUCGGUAGAGUCUUACGCCAACAUGCUAAGGAACAUCUUUGACUUUGCUGCACUGAAGGAGCUGCUGUCUGGGGAGAACCACAUCAAGAUCCAGCUAGAUGCCAUGCAUGGAGUGAUGGGUCCCUAUGUGAAGAGGAUACUGUGUGAGGAGCUAGGCUCCCCUGCGAACUCUGCCAUUAACUGUGUCCCCCUGCAAGACUUUGGGGGCCAGCACCCUGAUCCCAACCUCACCUACGCAGCCGACCUGGUUGAGACCAUGAGGGGGGGCCAGUACGAUUUUGGAGCUGCCUUUGAUGGUGACGGUGACCGUAACAUGAUUCUGGGUAAGCAUGGCUUUUUUGUCAACCCCUCGGACUCGGUGGCUGUCAUCGCUGCCAAUGUCUUCACCAUCCCCUACUUUCAGCACACAGGGGUGAGAGGCUAUGCCCGCAGCAUGCCCACCAGCGCUGCCCUGGACAAUGUUGCCAGGGCAACGAAGAUUGAACUUUACGAGACCCCCACGGGGUGGAAGUUCUUUGGCAACCUGAUGGACGCAGGCAAGCUGUCACUGUGCGGAGAAGAGAGUUUCGGCACAGGUGCUGACCAUAUCCGUGAGAAGGAUGGACUUUGGGCCGUGCUGGCAUGGCUGUCCAUCCUGGCAACGAGGGAGCAGAGUGUGGAGGAUAUCAUAAAGGACCACUGGCAGACGUUUGGCAGGAACUUCUUUACCAAGUAUGACUAUGAGGAAGUCGACCUGGAUGCAGCCAUUCAGAUGAUGGAGGAUCUGGAGCUGAUGAUACUGGAGAAGGCCUUUAUGGGCCAGAGGUUCGCUGUGGGGGAGAAGCUCUACCAGGUGGAGAAGGCAGACAACUUUGAAUACACUGAUCCCGUAGACGGGCACAUCUGCAGAAACCAAGGCCUGAGGAUAAUAUUCACAGAUGGCUCCCGGAUCAUCUACAGGCUCAGUGGAACAGGGAGUAUGGGGGCAACAGUUCGGGUCUACAUCGACAGCUAUGAGAAAGACCCUGACAAGAUCUUCCGAGACCCACAGGUGAUGCUGGCACCCCUGGUUACCAUAGCCCUGAAGGUUUCACAGCUUCAUGAGAGGACAGGCCGCAGUGGCCCAUCAGUCAUCACAUGAUCGUCCAUUACCACCCCUGCCCCUCCUAAUAAAAGCCUCAAACUACACUGUCUAUCCCCCAUCCUACCUUCACUGAGAUGGUCAUUUUACCCUUCAUCCAAGGCAUCUUUGUGCGAUUUUGUACCUUCAGAUCAACCCCAACUAUCACCACUCAGCUUCUUAUUAAUUGAGAACGAGUGAACUGUACCAAAAAUAAAACAUUCUCAACUUUG